AUGAAGGCGCUCGUGUACAACGCUGUCAAUGCCGUCUCUCUGCAGGACCGACCGGUCCCUGCCAUCUCCUCCCCCACAGAUGUCAUUGUAAAGGUCACCAAGACUACCAUCUGCGGUACCGACCUGCACAUCACCAAGGGCGACGUGGCGACGUGCGAACCCGGUCGCAUCUUGGGCCACGAGGGCGUUGGCAUUGUGCAAGCGACAGGAGCCUCCGUCACUCGGUUUAAAGAAGGCGACCACGUUCUUAUCUCGUGCAUCUCAAGCUGCGCGACCUGCGAGUACUGCCGCAGAGGCAUGCACAGCCACUGCACUUCGGGCGGCUGGAUCCUGGGCAACACCAUCGACGGCACCCAGGCCGAGUACGUUCGCAUUCCACAUGCCGACUCCAGCCUCUACCCAAUCCCAGAGGGCGCCGACGAGGCCGCUCUUGUCAUGCUGAGCGACAUUUUUCCCACGGGACUCGAGUGUGGCGUGCUCAAUGGCAAGGUCCAACCCGGCGGCACCGUGGCCGUCGUCGGGACUGGGCCAAUUGGCCUGGCGUCGAUUAUCACGGCGCAGAUGUACUCCCCGACCAAGAUCAUUGCCAUUGAUACCGAUCCCAACAGAUUGGAAUUCGCAAGGGAUCUUGGCGCCAGCGAUACGGUUAACAGCGCCAAGGAGGAUGCAGUUGCAAGAGUGAAGGCCUUGACGGACGGUAAGGGUUGCGACUCCGUCAUCGAGGCUGUGGGCAUCCCAGCUACAUUUGGAUUAUGCCAAGAGUUGCUCGCCCCCGGUGGUGUACUGGCGAAUGUUGGUGUCCACGGAACAAAGGUGGAUCUGCAUCUGGAAAACCUCUGGGAUAGAAACAUCUCCAUCACCACCAGACUUGUCGACGCAGUUACGACACCCAUGCUGCUGAAGAUGGUAGAGGCCGGCAAGCUCCAGCCCAGCCAACUAAUUACCCAUAAUUUCAAGUUCAGUGAGAUGGAGAAGGCAUAUCAGACAUUCGGGAAGGCCGCAGAGCACGGUGCCUUGAAGGUUGUCAUAGAAGUAGAUUGA